GGUCAGGUCUCGGGACGCCAUGGCUCGCCUCCGCAACCUGUUCAGCAAGAGUAGCACCCAGCUGGGGGAGCAGAGCUGCACAGGCGAGGGUGAAGACAACACCAAGCUCCUCGGGUUGCCUAAUAUUGGCAACACCUGCUUCAUGAACUCUGCUCUGCAGUGCCUGCUGGGGCUGCCAGCAUUUUGCAGAGACAUCCUGAGACAGCAGGACACCUGGAGUUCUUCCCCCUUCUCUAAACUGCUAUGCUGCUUUGCCGAGUUACAUCAGUCAAGGCUUUCUGGAGGCACUGUCAAUGCUAAGAAAAAGGAAAAGAAGAAAAUCCUUCAAACAGUCAAGCGCUGUCUCUCCUUUGUCAAUGAGGACUAUGAGGACGACGAUGAACAGGAUGCCCAUGAAUGUGUGUUGCUCCUCCUCUUUCAGCUGAAGGAGGAGGGUAUGGCAUUAAAGGGCUCACCAGAGCCGUACACCUGCCCCGUGAAGCAGUUAGAAUUCAAGCUGAAGACUUCCCGUACCUGCACCAGCUGUGGAGUUACAGUGUAUGGUCAGGAGGAUUACAAUCACCUGUCACUGAGCCUGAGCCAUUACCUGACACACAGCCUGGACCUCUACUUUAAGCCAUCUGCGUUAGAGUGUGCAUGCUGGGAGUGCUCAGGCAGCAUUGCAUCUGUGACUAGGCACUUCCUCACGCUGCCCCGGGUCCUAAUGCUUCAUAUUAAGCGGUUUGCUGCAGGCGACUGGGAGCCAGAGAAGGUGGAUGAUCCCAUGUCCAUCCCUGCAGAACUGACCCUCCCAGCCGUAUGGGGGGAGACAGCCCCUGUCCAGCAUGGAGCCAGGGCAAGCUCACUGGGGAACAACAACAUGGACAGCACACCUGCAAACUCCCCGAAAGGCACCCUUGAUAGAUCAGAGACACCAGCCAGACAAUAUCUACAAAUUGUCAAGUGUGAUCUCACAUCUGGGAGACAACAUGUAUACAGGCCACUACAUCAGUGAUGUUUUGGACAGCCGUGGCAGUGGGUGGCUCUGCCUGGAUGACGCACGUGUCUUGAGGACAGAUGAGGCCACUGUGCUGAGGGCGAGGGCACAGACUGCCUACAUCCUGUUCUAUGUCUGCAGUGGAGCAGGUGAAGGAGACCAGGCACCUCACUACCAGGAAAAGCACCAGGAGAACCCAUCAUUAAACUCAGGGAGAGGCACAGCUCUCAGGGACCACCUGRAGUAGCACCUACCACACACCAAGAAAUAUCAGAUUAAUYGAAUUAGGCUGCCCAACACCACCAUCAACUGCCCUAGACCACCAUCAACUGCCCUAGACCACCAUCAGGCUGCCCUAAGACACCACUCAGGCU